CAAAGAUGGCGACCAAGGUUUUUGGUCAAAUGAAACACUGACAAAUCGUCGGUUUUAGCGAUGCAGCAUAACUUCAAUCCGUGAAAUACUUUCUGAAAUUUAGCACAAACAUGGGGCUUCUUACUAUUUUAAAGAAAAUGAAGCAAAAGGAAAAAGAAGUCCGUAUUUUGAUGCUAGGACUAGACAAUGCUGGUAAAACUACCAUUCUUAAGAAAUUCAAUGGUGAAGAUAUCAACACUAUUGAACCAACAUUAGGAUUUAAUAUCAAAACUUUGGAACACAGGGAGUUUAAAUUAAACAUUUGGGAUGUUGGUGGUCAAAGGUCUUUACGCUCUUACUGGCGUAAUUAUUUUGAGAGUACAGAUGGUCUUAUAUGGGUUGUAGACAGUGCCGAUAAACGAAGGCUAACGGACUGUCAAACUGAAUUGAGUGGUCUGCUAAAGGAAGAGAGACUAGCAGGAGCUACUCUACUUGUGUUUGCCAAUAAACAAGACUUGCCUGGAGCAUUAUCAGCAGAAGAAAUCAGACAGGCUCUUAACCUCGACUCAAUCAAGAGUCAUCAUUGGCAGAUACAAUGGUGUAGUGCAGUAACAGGAGAAAAGCUUCUUGAUGGCAUUGAUUGGUUGAUAUCAGACAUUGCAUCUCGAAUAUUUACUAUGGAUUAGAAUACAAGUAAUGAUCUCACAAACUGGGCAAUGGCCAGACACUGAACCAUGCUGCAAAGAGCCUAUAUUUCUUUUCAGACUAUAUAUAAAAACUAUGUGAAAAUACAUUAACAAUAAACCAUACAUGUAUAUAUUUCUGGAUGUCUAAAAAAUUGAUUGUUAAAAUGUAAAUUUUUGACUAUAUAAAUUCAAUUUAAUUGUAAACUAUUAGGAACUAUUAUCUAUGUAUUAAAUCUAACUAGAAUUCAUUGACCUCAAACUCUACAAGUAAUAAUAUGACUGUAUCAAAACUUUGUCAGUUUGUAUUAAAAAUGACUGCACUCUCAAAUGUUUGUAACACAGAUACCCAAACUCAACUUCA